UCCUGCCACGCCGGGCCUGCCUGAGCCGCACCAACGCCGCUCUGCCAAGGCCGCGUGUCAGCCGCCGCCGGGCCCGGGUGGGACCUUACCCGCUGAGCUAGUCUCUGAGAAUCGUUCUGAGACAUGAUGAGCCAUCCCUGUGUGUCUCUUUUGGCUUCACCUGCUCCCCAGGGUCUUGCCCUUCCCCAGGACGGAGCCCCAGGAAACCAGGUCCUGGCAGUCCCUCUUGAGACGCCGGAGGCCCAGAGGCUGCCAAGGAAUGGAAGCCCACUGGGCUUGGAGUUCCCAUUGUCCAGAAUGGAUGGAAAGACAGAUUAUGCCUGGGAAUUCUUUCAGGAUUUGGUGACAUUUGAUGAUGUGGCAUGCUACCUCACCAAAAGGGAGUGGCUGAGGCUGGAUCCUGAGAAGAGAGCACUGGCGUAUUAUGGGAACGUGACCUCCGUGGGAGCUCCUGUUUUGAAUCCCGCCUUGGUCUCUCACCUGGUGCAAGGACAAGUGCUGUUGGUAUCAGACCCAUCCAUUGACACGGACCCAGCUAAGUGCUCUGAAAGCACCUCGGUGAGCCAGCACCAGAUGAUGGGGGAAGACACUCAGCCACAGGAGAUGGCAUCCACAAGUUCCCCAAGGGCUGGUGACCCCAGCCCUGAGGUCAAACAGAACGGGGAUUCUGAGGGAAGGGGAGGGAGCCCACAGAAUGUGCCUAUAGAACAUCAUUUUGCAUGUAAAGAGUGUGGGGACACCUUUCGGCUUAAAGUCCUCCUCGUUCAGCACCAGAGGGUCCACAGCGAGAAAAAGGGCUGGGAAUGCGGCGAUUGCGGGAGGGUCUUCAGGGGGGUGUCGGAGUUUAAUGAGCACAGGAAAAGCCACGUGGCCGCAGAGCCCCGGCCUGGCCCCAGUCGGGCCCUGGAAGAUGCGGGAGAGAAGAGGGAGCAAUUGGAGCAGGAGGCGAAGCCCUUCCAGUGCGAGGAGUGCGGGAAGCGGUUUAAGAAGAACGCGGGCCUUAGUCAGCACCUGAGGGUACACAGCCGUGAGAAGCCCUUCGUCUGCGAGGAGUGCGGCCGGUCCUUCAAAGUCAACACCCACCUCUUCCGACACCAGAAACUUCACACUGCGGAAAAGCCUUUUGCCUGCAAGGUGUGCGGCAGGGAUUUCCUGGAUCGCCAGGAACUGCUCAAGCACCAGCGGAUGCACACCGGCCACCUGCCCUUCGACUGCGACGACUGCGGCAAGUCCUUCCGAGGGGUCAAUGGGCUGGCCGAGCACCAGCGCAUCCACAGUGGGGCCAAGCCGUACGGGUGUCCGCACUGCGGCAAGCUGUUCCGGCGGAGCUCGGAGCUUACCAAGCACCGGCGCAUCCACACGGGCGAGAAGCCGUACGCGUGCGGCCAGUGCGGCAAGGCGUUCCGCCAGAGCUCCAGCCUGCUGGAGCACGCGCGCAUCCACAGCGGCGAGCGGCCCUACGCGUGCGGUGAGUGCGGCAAGGCCUUCCGCGGGCCCUCCGACCUCAUCAAGCACCGGCGCAUCCACAGCGGACUGAAGCCCUACGCGUGCGACAAGUGCGGCAAGGCCUUCCGCAGGAGCUCGGGCCUGAGCCGCCACCGGCGCAUCCACAGCGGGGCCAGGCGCUGCGAGUGCGGCGAAUGCGGCCAAGUCUUCAAGAGGCGCUCGGCGCUGCAGAAGCACCAGCCGAGCCACCACGAGUAGAGGAGCCCGGCCCGUGGCCAGCCGGGCGCCCCGGAGGGCAUGGCACAGUCAAAGGAGAUGAACAGUUUUGUAGCGCUUAUAUAUUUUGUUGUCCGAAGGAUUGAGACCAAUUUAUACUGCCACCAGCAAUUUCUAAGUGUAUAUGUUUCCCAUUGUGGCCAUCGAGAGUAGCUUUUUCCCUUUUAACUUAGUUUGGCUAACUAACUGGCAGAAAGUACCAUCAGGGUACGCCUUGAAUCCCAGAUGGAGAGAAGAGAAAGCCGGAUGUGGAGGGGAGGGGAUUGGAGGUCAUCUACCCAAGCUCCCCGCCCCAGGGAAACACACAGUUAUUCAACGAUGGCGUCAAUAUAAUGUGAUCCCAGCUAUCCCCAAGAGAUUGCCCCAAAGUAUUUUAGCCUACUUGAAUUUAUA